ACAAAAUUUCGUAGUCUUAAGAGCAAAAGAGUGAGUCGAGACGGUCUGUCUACGUCUGCCAUGGAUAUAGCUCUCUUCUCGCCAUCUUCCCUCUUCGCCGGCGACGAUGACUCCUCCGAUGGAGAGACGACGGAGACGAGCCAGAGCUUCGUUGAGAGGAAUCACCAGUUUCCUGGAAUCGAAUUGCAUAUCCGGGAAUUCGGUUUCCACCAGCUGAAUGCAAACUUGCUGUGGCCAGGUACAUUUGCCUUUGCAGAUUGGUUAUUGCAGCAUCGACACUUUAUCCAAAGGCGGCGUUGUCUCGAGAUUGGAAGCGGCACGGGUGCUCUAGCUAUCUUUCUUGCCAAAGAGUUUAGUCUCGACAUAACUACUUCAGACUACGCUGAUCAGGAGAUUGAAGACAAUAUUGCUCACAACUGUAUUGCAAACAAACUAAUCCCUUCUCUGCCCCAUAUCAAGCAUACAUGGGGAGAUGAAUUUCCAAUACCGGAACCAGAUUGGGAUUUGAUCAUUGCCAGUGAUAUCCUUCUAUAUGUGAAACAGUACCCAAACUUGAUAAAGUCUCUCACUUUUCUUCUCAAAGCCUACAAACCAAAAGAUGCUAAUGUCGUUUGUCCAACGGAAUGCAGGCUAAAUGGAGCAGACACGGAACUGCCUCGCCCUGCGUUCUUAAUGAGCUGGAGACGAAGAAUCGGGAAAGACGAUGAGUCUUAUUUCUUUACUGGUUGCGAAGAUGCUGGCCUCGAGGUGAAGCAUCUCGGAAACCGAGUUUAUUGCAUCAAUCUUAGAGUAACCAACCUCUGAAAAACAAAGAAAAAGAAUCCUCAAGAAUAGGUUAAUGAAAACUCAUGAAUCUUCCACAGAUCGCUCGCCUCUGAAAUUUAGUGUUCUGUAUGUUACGCUUGCAGCUUA